CUCUUAUACGUAGCUUAUGUCCCUUUUAACACCCCCCUAUCAGCCUCCUCCUCUGCCCCCUUCCUCUGCCUCGCCUUCUGCUCUUCCAAAUGGCCCUCAGUCCCCCAAGCAGCCAAAGGAACCCCUCUCCCAUCGCUUCAACGAGUUCAUGACCUCCAAACCCAAAAUCCACUGCUUCAGGAGCCUAAAGCGUGGGCAACAGUCUCAGUCUUUGUACUUUGACAAAGAACACAUGAAGAGGCGAUUAGGCAGAGCCACCUAUGCCGUGGAAGCUAGGGAGUACAUUCUUUCCCUGAAGCUGAUAACUUUGAAUAUGCAGGUCUGGAAUUUAAUGGAGGGAGGAGGACCAGAAGAUUACAGCAAUCUCCCCCCGGAGCAACGAAGAAAGAAACUCCAGCAAAAGGUGGAUGAAAUCAACAAGGACAUUCAGAAAGAGUUGGAUCAAAGAGAGGCCUUAACGAAAAUGAAAGAUGUCUACAUCAAGAACCCCCAAAUGGGGGAUGCAGCCAGCGUGGACAUCAAGUUAGCUGAACUCGGACAAAACUUGGAGAAGCUGAGGCUGGAAAUACAAAAAUUUGAGGGCUGGUUAGCGGAGGUGGAAGGUCGCUUACCUGUCCGGACAGAAGCGAUGCGCCGCCAGAGUGGAGCGUACGAGCCCCAGAGCAACACCUUGACCGUCACCAACUGCGUCCAGGACCGAGAGAGUCCCGAUGGCGGUUACACAGAGGAACCCAGCCAGGAGAGUGACAUGAAAACGCCGACGACCGAAUUCGACGAUGAAUUUGACGACGAGGAACCCCUUCCCACCAUUGGCACCUGCAAGGCUCUGUACACCUUUGAAGGACAGAAUGAAGGAACCAUAUCCGUGACGGAAGGAGAAACCCUGUACGUCAUAGAGGAAGACAAAGGGGACGGGUGGACUCGCAUCCGGAGGAACGAGGAUGAAGAAGGCUACGUCCCCACUUCCUACGUUGAUGUCUUUUUGGAGAAGAAUGCCAAAGAUUCCUAAAGGAAAAAUAAAUCAAGAAGUCAGUUGCUGUAACAAGAGCUUCGGGAGGAGCUUAGGCACAGGAGAAGAAACGGAUGAUUGGAUUUUAUGAUUAUUUUGAAACGCGUCCCGUUUUCGAAACCACCUCUGGCGUUUGCGAGCGUGGGAUGAAAGGGAGGGAGAAUGAAUGAAUGAAUGAAGCCCUCGUGGAAGGAGAAUUAAAACUCCCUUC